CUUAAGUGCAUAACAUCGAUGGGUGCACUGGCUGCAAUGUGUGCUUCCAACACGUCGAGGAGUUUUGUUUGAUUCUUCUGACAUGGAAAUAAACAGCAAACGUUUCCACAGGUGUAUUUUGGAACCACCUGCCUCAUCUGUUUGCAGAAGGUGAAGGCCGUGUCAUCGGUUACUGUUUACAAGAUACAGCGAAGCUCUUCUUCGCUCCCUGCCAGAUUCCUGAUCUAUCAGAAUCGAUGGAGCUCUUGGUGACAGAGUUGAAUGUGCUGUUGAAGCUGUUGGACCAUGAGACCCUGAGUUGUGCUACAGAAGAGAAGAAAACAGCCGUGAAGAACCUUCUCAGGCAGCUUCAGCCCUCAGUCACUGGAAAAGACUAUAUGUACAUGAACACCUCGGCAUACAGAAAUGGAACCAGCUUUGUCGAAUCUCUUUUUGAUACGUUCGAUUGUGACCUCGGGGAACUGAAAGUUGAAAUGGAGGAUCAGAAGAAAGAGCCAGAGACAAAACUCACCGACCACACUGUCCCCAAACCAAGCACAGCGGACUCGCCUCCCCCCCUGCCCAACACACCACCUCCAGAGGAUUACUAUGAAGAGGCCGUGCCACUCAGCCCUGGAAAGAUGCCAGAAUAUAUCACCAGCCGCAGCAGUUCCAGUCCCCCUAAUUCCAUUGAAGAUGGAUAUUACGAAGACGCUGAGAACAAUUACCCAACUACACAAGUGAACGGGCGACGCAAGAACUCAUAUAAUGACUCGGAUGCCUUAAGCAGUUCUUAUGAGUCAUACGAUGAGGAAGAGGAAGAGAAAGGCCAGCGUUUGACGCACCAAUGGCCCUCAGAGGAGAACUCCAUGGCCCCUGUAAGAGACUGCCAUAUCUGUGCCUUCCUGCUGAGGAAGAAACGCUUUGGCCAGUGGGCCAAACAGCUCACUGUCAUCCGCGAGAAUAGACUCCAGUGCUAUAAAAGCUCUAAAGACCAGUCACCCUACACGGACAUACCACUCAGCCUUUGCACCGUCAUCUAUGUGCCCAAAGACGGCCGGAGGAAGAAGCAUGAGCUCCGAUUCACUCUUCCCGGCGGAGAAGCCCUUGUGUUAGCUGUGCAGAGCAAGGAGCAGGCUGAGAAAUGGCUCCAAGUGGUGCGUGAUGUUACAGGUCAGGGGAAUGGGUUGGACAGCCCAUCAUCUCCCAUGAUUCCUAGGAAGAUUGAACUGGAUAAGUGCUGUUCUUCAGAGAAGCAAACCUCAGACUCUGACAGUAUGCCAAGUGGAGAAAGUGCUCGUGAUGGACGGGAAAAUGGUAAACCCAAGCGAGGUGCACUGUCAGAGCUAACGGGCACCGUAAGCCGAGCUGCAGGAAGAAAGAUCACAAGAAUUAUCAGUUUCUCCAAAAGAAAGCCUCCACUGCCAGGAGACGCCCGCACGUCACUCGACCAGGAUCCUCGGUGUGGUUAUGUAGGAGUGCUGUUGAAUCAGUGCUGGAAGGAACACUGGUGUCGUGUGCGGGCCGGAUCUCUUUACCUUUACCAUGAGAAAGGUGAACAGCGGGUCCCCCACACUACUGUGACUCUGAAGGGAUGCGAGGUUGUCCCAGGCCUUGGACCCAAACACCCCUUUGCCCUAAGGAUACUGAAAGGAGGUGCAGAGCUGGCAGCUUUAGAGGCGAGUUGUUCGGAGGACAUGGGCCGCUGGCUGGGAGUCCUGUUGGCAGAAACCGGUUCCUCUGCUGACCCAGAGUCCCUACAUUACGACUACGUAGAUGUGGAAACUAUUGCCAACAUCCGUACAGCUGCCCGUCACUCUUUCUUAUGGGCAACCUCCACAGAUUCAAGAACGUAUGAUGAGGUCCCUUUCGAAGCCAUAGAGCAGGAAAACGAGAGGUUGAGAGGAGGAGCGCAAACGAAACGUCGUUCUUCUUUCUCCAGCAGUGACACAGGAAAGCCCAGUCCACAAAUCACUCUAAAGCGCCAGGGCUCCAACGCAAAUCAAUACGGGAGGUAUGGGAAAACACGGGCACAGGAGGACGCACGCCGAUACUUGAAAGAAAAAGAGGACCUGGAGAAAGAAAUAGACGGUAUCAGAAGUGCACUAGUCUCAUUGCGGAAAAAGAAACGAGAGGCGAAAGAGAAGAUGAAAGGUGCAACGGAUAAGCAGAAGUUGGUUUUAGAGGAGCGUGUGACCCAGUUAGAGGACAGCUGUCGAGUGAAAGAGGGAGAGCGUGUGGACCUAGAGCUCAAGCUCACACAGGUGAAGGAGAACCUGAAGAAAUCUUUGGCUGGUGGAGAACUGGGUGCCCCUGUUGAGUCUAAACCUACAAACAAGGUACUGACUAGACCUAAUAAGCAAUUUUUAGAAUUAAUAGUUCGUCAAAAUUGUUAUAUAUUGAACCGAUUUACCUUACAGACUCAAAAGACGGAGACUCAGUAUAUUGAGUCGUAUCUCCCUGUGAACUGCGCCUCUGAAAUUCGUAAGCGGCCCCCCUCCAUCUAUGCAUCCACGAAGGGAAAUGUUAUGCAGAAAGCCAAGGAAUGGGAAUCCAAGAAGGGGACUUAAACUGCUGAUCAGGAAAACCUACAGACUUAAAUCUUUGUGCCAUGUCAAGGUUAACAUGAGGAUUUUGUCAACCACCCUUCUCCAACAGACUGCUGUAUAUGCAAAUCUUUUGACUAUGAGACUGCCACUUUUCUAACUUAAUAAUGGGGUGAGAAUGACAAAGCAGCAGCUCUGUUAUAAUACUUUGCAGUCAAAUGAUGAUGUCCUCUUCAGGAUGUCUUGUGAAGUUCCAUAUUACCAGCACAAAAUAUUGAAGGAUUGAGACGGUACGAGAAAACAGUUUGUCCGUUGAAAGUGCAAGAAAGAAUUGUGGGUAGGUUGUAUAGGAAGAAGAUGGAAAUGCAUGUUUGAGACAAUCCACUUUAAAAAUAGUAUUUUAAGAGAGGCAUGAUGAUUGAUUUGUACAAAGUGUUUUUUCUUUACUCCAUUGCUUCAUAUAAUACUUCUGGGGUAACUCCUGCUCUUAACCAUGUGGUGCUAAUAAUGCUGUACAUAUGACAAUUGUAAAUAAUUUUAACAUUUUUUUUUUUUAAGUCUAGUCUCAUUGUGUCUAACUGAUAUUUCUGUUUGUAACCUUUUGUUUUUCCCUGCCAAUUUCUUUACCACCUUUCAAUGUGAGUAACAUUUGCACUUUAAAUGUCUUUAGACAUGGAGAUGGGAAUAUUCUUUUAAUAAAGGAAAAACAUAAAAGUA